CCCUCAGUUAAACUGCAUAGCGCCGUUUCUUCCUCAAGCUCUUCAGAACGCUAAAAAAUAAGAAUUUUUACACCCAAACAAACAAAGGUUUGCAACUUUUGGCGCUUUAUUUUUGCUAGAAGUUCCACUCAAUCUCUGAAGAGUAUGUAUUAAUGUCAACCAUUCACUCCGUGGUUAUCCUGUCAGCCUCACUCACAGACAGCCACACUUACAGACUCACAGACUCACCCUCUCAUCUCACUCUCUCUCACAGUCUCAACAAAUCUACAUCUUAGGUUCACAAUGACUGUGAUUGAUAUAAAUCUAUACUAUGGUGGAGAGCUUUGUAAUGAUGAUGAGAAUGAGGGAUUGCCAUUUAAAGGACGGGGUAUCAAGUGCUAUUAUAUUCAGUUACAUCAUAGAUUGAAGACCCUGAAUGAUUUGAAGAGGAUAAUUAUGGAAGAACUGCGUGUGAACCCUAUUUUGCAUGACAUUAAAAUUACUUUUCGUUCUCCACAUGAAGUCCUCCAAGAACGCAUUAAUUACAGGUAUAUGGCAAUAGAAGAAGACAAACAUAUGAAGAUCAUGUUUGACAGGAUGGAGAGAAUGACUCAAAUAAUUGCUAUUGAGUUGUACAUAAGUGUGGAGCCGCGUGUAAAAGUUGGUGGCAAGGAAAUGCAACAAACAACACCGAUUGAGAACAACGACGGCCAUAGAUAUCAAGAUGAAUCUUUUACACAUCUAGAAGAGGAAGAGGAAGAUGAAGAAUAUGUUGAUCAUACUGUCAUUAACGGUGAAGAUCUUGACAAUAGAAAUGAGUAUGAAGAGACGGUUGAGCGAAGUGACUUUGAAAAAAAUGUUGAUGUCCAUGAAAUUGCUGCCAAUCUUCACACCGAUGAUAUGGUUGAUUGUGAUGAAAAUGAUGUGGAGGAUGAUAUUGGUGUCCAGCAUGUUACAAACACAAUCCCUACAUACACACCUCCUGCCCAAUCAUUCUAUGCAAAUACUUGGAAAGAUAUGGUUGAUCUUUCAAAUGUUGAGAUUCCAUUUGUUUCUACUUGGCAAGAGGGGAUGAAUUUUAGUAAAGGGUUGAUUUUUGCGAAUAAAGAGGCAGUGAAGCGUGCGUUAACAAUUUCCGCGGCUAAGGAAAACAAAAAUUUUAUAAUCAGUAGGUCCACCAAGGUGAAACUGUGUGCAAAAUGCAGGGAUGAGUCAUGCAAAUGGUAUAUUGGGGCAUUUAUGAAACCUAAAUUUCAUGGACAAUGGGUGGUCACAGUUUAUGUGGGUCCUCACACUUGUAUAUCCCUUGGGUUGCCAAAAGAUGGUAGAAUGAUGGAUUCUAAUUUUGUUGCAUUAGAACUUCUUCCGAUUUUACUCAAGAAACAUACUACCACAAUUCAUGAUCUCAGAACUAACAUGAGCAAGAAGUUUGGCCAUGAGCUUUCUUACUAUAAGGUAUGGGAUGCAAAACAAAAGGCUAUUGCAAAGAUAUUUGGGGAUUGGGAGGAGUCUUAUCAAAGGUUACAAAAGUUGUUAUUGGCAUACAUUGAUCAGGAUCCGGGUACCCGGUUUUUCUAUCAUACCACACCUGGGAGCAUAGCAGGUACUAGUUUAUUGCAUUAUGUAUUUUGGGCUUUUGCUCCAUGCAUUGAUGGAUUCAAAUAUUGCAAGCCAGUGAUCAGUAUUGAUGGGACUCAUUUGUAUGGUAAAUAUCAAGGAAAGUUGUUGAUUGCAAUGACAACCGAUGCUAACAACAAGGUAUUUCCUCUUGCCUUUGCCGUUGUGGAUAUUGAGUCAGGGUCCAGUUGGAGAUGGUUUUUAGAAUGCCUCAGGGAGACGAUAGGGGGUGUGAUACCUGAUGAGGGAAUUUGCAUAAUUUCUGACCAACAUGAGGGUAUCAAAAAUGCUAUUGCAACUUGGCCUAAGGAUGAAAAUGGAAGAUUAAGGGUAUUUCAUCGAUAUUGCCUUAGAUAUGUCGCUAGCAACUUUAACACACAUUUUCAGGACCCCUUUCUAAAGUCAUUAGUCUUAAAAGCGGGAUAUGCUAUUCAGGAAGCCAAAUUCGAUAACAUAAUGGACUCCAUUAAGAAUGCCGAGAUUGAAUCCAUUAAGAAGAAGUUGACCAUUGGCAUUAAUGGAGGUGAUCCCAAACCCUUUAAGCCACACACAUAUCUAAUGAGUGAGCCUGUGAACAUGUGGACCCAGUCACAUGAUGGUGGAAAACGUUAUGGGGCAAUGACAACCAAUAUAUUCGAGUGCUUAAAUGGUGUACUAAACGGUGCACGUGGCUUGCCUAUAGCUGCAAUGGUUGAGUUUACUUGGUCCAAACUUGUCGCAUAUUUUCAUGAUCGGCACAAAGACAUUACUCAUGAUCUCUUGGAGGGUAAGAGUUGGAGUGAAUAUGCCAUGUCCAUUUAUCAUGCAAAUAAGCUCAAAGCUGCACAACAUCAUGUGAGGGAAUUUAACAAUCAGGAUGAUAUAUAUCAAGUAUUUACAUCAUACAAUAACCACAACUCUGGAGGGGGACACCGUAGUUAUGAAAUUCGAUUAAUGGAUAGAACAUGUGGGUGUGGGGAAUGGCAAAAUAUUAAGAUUCCUUGUUCACAUGUAAUUAAAGUUUGUGAGUUGCUACACAUUGAUUCGACCAAAUAUAUUGACCCGUGUUAUAGUUUGGCGAAUGCCAUUAACAGCUAUUCACAUGGAUUUACAGUGCCUAAGUCAGAGUCAUUGUGGAGGGAUGCUGAUGGCUUAAAGUGGCUGCCUAACCCAGAAUUGUUGCGGGACAAAGGUCGACCAGUGAAAUCAAGAAUAAGAAAUGAGAUGGAUGGAGUUAGGCGAAAAAAGAGAUGCAGGAGGGAGGAGUCAGAUUUGAGGGAGAAUCAACCUAAGCAGAGAUGUGGAUUGUGUCAUGAAGAGGGGCAUAACCGUAGAAAAUGUCCGGAUUCUUGUGGCUCUUCGACAAGCGGUCAUCUUCCAAACUAGGCAUGCGAUGAUGUUCCAUGGACUAACGUUUUAGUUGUACAUUAUAGUACUAUUGACUAUGUUACUUAUUAAUAUUGAAUACAUUGUAUCAAAACAACUAUUUUUUGUUUUAUUUUGAAUGUACUUGUAAUCUCAGUAUUCUGAAUUCUCUCUCCAAUGUAAUUAUUUCAAGUUUGUGGUCGGA